AUGGGGAUCUGUUACUGCACCAAGACCGCCGGCAUCACCAGUAACGUGUGGAAUGGGAUUAAGAGCCAGAUCCAGAGUCGGGCACCCGAAGGGUUGGAGCUGGAUGAGAUCCACAUGUUGCAGCAGAAGCGGAUCAGCGAGUGUCCUUUACUUAGUGCUGCCAAAGACAAUGAUAUUGGGGCUCUGAGAAAAGUGCUGGAGUGCGCAUCGACUGACCUGCAUGCGAGAGGAGCAGUGGGAGAGACCGUACUUCAUGUAGCUGUAAUGUAUGAUAACCUGGAGGCUACACAAAUAAUUCUAGAGGCGGCACCUGACCUCAUCAACCAACCUUUCACUUCUGCCCUGUAUGAAGGACAGACCGCCUUACAUAUCGCGGUUGUCAAUCAAAACUUGAGUUUGGUGAAACUGCUGGUUCAAAAAGGAGCUGAUGUCUGUUCUCCACGAGCCAUUGGAAGUUUCUUCUCUUACAACCCAGAGAACCUGUUUUACUUUGGUGAACACAUUUUGUCUUUUGCUGCUUGCACUGGCAAUGAGGAAAUUGUCCGUCUGCUUAUUGAGAGUGGUGCCUGCCUCCGGUGUCAGGAUUCCUAUGGAAACACAAUACUCCAUAUCCUGGCCCUCCAACCCAACCAGACCUUUUCCUGCAAGAUGUUUGAUCUCAUCCUUUCCUACGAUGAAGAAGGCAACAAUGAAGAGGAUCUUCAAAUGAUCCCAAAUUACAUGGGCCUUACUGCCUUCAAACUGUCUGCCUCCGAAGGAAAUAUUGUUAUGUUCCAGCAUAUCCUAAAUAAACGGAAACAGGUCCAGUGGAGUUUUGGCCCAGUGAGUUCCAUUUUGUAUGAUCUUUCGGGUAUAGACUCUUGGGGAGAGGAUCAGUCAGUGCUGGAACUUGUGGUGUCCUCCAGAAAAAGAGCGGCCCGGAAUAUUCUUGAUCUUACACCCGUGAAAGAACUUGUCAGUCUGAAGUGGAGGAGCUGUGGUCGACCAUACUUCUGGUUUUUGGCGGCAGUCUAUGUCUUUUAUAUGAUUGGCGUGACUGUGUGUUGCAUAUACAGACCCCUUAAGGAAAUUCCGGACAGGUCUAAUGAUUCUCGAGAUGCAACCGUUUUAAUGGAAAGACCUCUGAAUGAAGCAUAUACUACUUAUCAUGAUGACCUACGCCUUGUAGGGGAGCUUAUAAGUGUUUUGGGGGCAAUUGUCAUACUACUGCUUUUGAUUCCUGACCUGCUUAGAGUUGGAGCCACAAGAUAUUUUGGGCAGACAGUCCUCGGAGGUCCAUUUCAUAUAAUCAUAAUUGGUUUUGCCUGCAUGGUGAUGGCAGUUUUGGUCAUGAGGUUGACCAACAGUGAAGGAGAAGAGGUUCCUAUGUCAGUAGCUUUGGUCCUCGGCUGGUGCUACAUCAUGUAUUUUACUCGUGGCUUCCAGAUGCUUGGACCCUUUACCAUCAUGAUACAAAAGAUGAUAUUUGGAGACCUGUUGCGGUUUUGCUGGCUAAUGGCUGUGGUUAUUCUUGGGUUUGGUGCAGCAUUCUUUGUGAUCUUUCAAACCCAAGACUCCGAAGACCUGGGACACUUCAUGACUUACCCCAUGUCCCUGUUCAGCACGUUUGAGCUUUUCCUUACAAUCAUUGAUGGUCCAGCAAACUACUCCGUAGACUUACCAUUCAUGUUUAGCUUGAUGUAUUCGGCCUUUGCUAUCGUGGCUGCACUUCUAAUGUUGAACCUUCUUAUUGCCAUGAUGGGGGACACUCAUUGGCGUGUAGCUCAUGAAGGAGAUGAAUUAUGGAGAGCUCAGGUUGUAGCCACAACUAUAAUGCUUGAACGAAAGAUGCCCAAGGCUCUCUGGCCACGUCUGGGCAUCUGCGGCAAGGAAUUUGGUUUAGGAGAUUCUUGGUAUCUCCGAGUCGAGGAGCGUAAUGAUUUAGACCGGCAUAAAACAAGUGACUCUCAAGACAGUGUUGAAGCUGUCAAUAAAGAGUGUUCUUUGAUGGAUUUCCCUGAAGACAAGCUCAAAACUAAAAGGGUGUCUAUAAGCGAAACUCCAGCUUUACUCCGAAAACUUUCUUUAAGAAAAACGAGCAGAGGCUGGCAAAUUCUUAAGAAAACCCCUCUCGACCAGUUAAAGGGCAAAGUGAACCACGCCCUUGAUAUUCAUGAGGAGAUAUAUGAUGUGUGAGUGGCUGACAACUGUAGAUUCUGAACAAAAAAAGUCUAAAAAUGAAUCAGUUUAUGGUCGUAAGAGGAUUACUGACCCAUACUGCUCAGCAUUACUUCUAACUUGGCUCUCACGAAAAAGAAGGACAUUUCUCUGAGCAUCUCUCAUGAAUCUUGGGUUGUCCUGGUCUUCUGAAGAGCAAAGGAUCUCGUUUUCCCAACAUGACCUCUGAACGUAACCCAUCUGAAAGAGCAAGUUUUCUAGUGAUCUCCAUAUGACGUUGGAUUCUCUAUGAAUUCUUACAAACAUCAUGCUCAAGUAGAGCAUUUGAUCUUACCCCACACAGAUAUCCAGAUCUUAAUCCAGGUGUUGAUGACAUUUGCAUUGUUGACUUUAUUUAAUGAAGACUUUCAAUUACCUUCCAAAUGGAUUAAUUCAUACAGCCAAGCUAGGAAUACCCUGGCAUUGCCAUUAUUACCAUCCUAUCAUCGUGUUUGAGGAAUCUUUACCUAGCGUCUAUAAUCCAUGGAUGGAGUUUUAAUGAAAAGAACUUGGCUACAUGUCUUAGGUUGGCAUGUUGCCUUGGCUAUUAGCACUUUAGUUAAACUCAUGACUGUCUUUUAACUUCUACUUGUUUCAUAAUUUCUACAUGUAAGGGAGGUUGAAUGGUUAAGGUUCUUACAAUGGACAUUGUCCACUUUAAAGCGGACCUGCAACCUCAAGAAAUGGUAGCUGUCAUCAUCCAUGUGGAGACAUGGCUCCACAAAGUUGGGCACAUUUAUGGUGUUAUAGAUAUUUCCUUUCACUAGUUAACAAUGCUGGUAGAUUUUUUGGUUGCUGGAUAUAAGGGUCUAGACUGAGAACUGAUUUGGUAUCACUGCUCAUUUCUCAAUGGGGAGGACCCCACCUUGAAUGUCUAUGAGCAUGGCUGUAGUCUGUGAACUCUCAAGGGGGUGAGCACCAAUGCUCUGUACAGCAGAAGACCCCAACACAGUCCAAACGGCCCACCAACAGUCCAUUUGACAUGUUCUCUAUCCUAUUUCAGUAGAGUAACUGAAAAAAACAAAACAUUUUGGUGGGCCUUAAGGACUGAAUUGGGGACCACUGCUUUAGAGGGUGUAAAGCUGAAUGUGUUUCCCCACUGAAAACUGAUUUUAUGAGACUUAGCAGUCCUGUACUUUACUUUAUUAAACUAUUACUUUAUUAUGCCACUGAAAGAACACAUUAGUCAUAGUAUAGCUACUGAAAGAUUCAACUGGUAUCUUUUCUUGAUAGGAUUUUUUUUAAAUACUCAUAUGUAGCAAAAAUUUUGUUUAAAAAAAUUCUAUAUAGGUGGGGGUGAAAGGGAAUUUUUUUUGAAAAAAAAAAGUCCUCUUCUGCCUAGAGUAGCCAUCUUAUAAUACUUGCAAUCAUUUUGUUGGCCUGGACUUUUAUCAUCCAAUAGUUAAUACCUCCCCUGCAGUAUAAGAGGACGGUGUAUGCUUUUUCAUCAAAAAUUCUCUAAUUCCACCCCUUUUAGUAGAGUAUGACCACUUGCAUGUUCUACAAUGUCCCAAUCCAUUUUGCUUCAGUUGUGGUGCUCCGGUAGAGAAAGGGCCUUGUGCUGGAUUGGUAGAACCAACCGGUCUAAAGUCUGCCUUUCUAUAGAUGCUAUAUUAGCCCUAUGGGGCAUGGGAUUUUGUAGGAAACCGAGAAAUAACAUUUUGUGGGGAAAAAAAUUUUAAUCAGUAUGUCGGCAUUAUCACUUUUCAUUCAGUAUAAGUGCAUUAUGUAAGUGAUGUGAACUAUUUGCUCAGGCUUGCGGGGCACUAACACUAGCAAGUCUUUCAUCAUGUUGGGUAUUUACAUCUAAUCCUCAGCACACUUGUUCAUAGUCAUGGAUUAGUGAUUGGAACAUACAUUCCAUUGAUCCAUACACGGUGCUUCCCAGAGCUAAUAUUUACAGAUGGCUCUUCUUGUAGAACAUAGUUGUCUUCUUUUGUACUUGGCUUGUGUUCUUUGUUGGCCAGGUAGAUAUUGUCAGGGUCAAUAUCUACAAAAUACACAUGACUCACUAUAGGCCUUUUUCUUCCCAAAACUGCUCUGUUGUUUGUAUUCUAGCCUAUAACUUUCUACUGGAGUUUUGCAAUAUUGGUGCUAGAACAUCCUUGACUGGGAUCUGUAUGAAUCAGGACAUCUGUACAGCAUUCUAUUGAGACCAUAGGAAUGGGCGCUAUUGAACUGAUAAAAUGGACCCACUAAAUUUUGAUGGCUUUUGCAACUACAGAGGACUCUUCCUGUUUCUUUGAAGUACUGAUUAUAUAGAACUGUCAUGUGACCCCUUUCUGCUUUGCCAAUUGGCUGAAACCUAGCAAAGACAUCAUGAAGGAUUUUUAUAGUUUUUUGGGUGGUGGGGGGUUGGGGCUUUCAUUGGACUAAUAUAUCUCCUCCUCGGAAAUGGUUUUAUGUGAAAUCUAUAAGAUGAACUGGAUUUACAGUAAUCUAAUCAACUACGAUUGACCCUCCAAUUUCUGUUUUCAAAAACUCUUUCCUGUCAUUUGAUCCGUAUUAUUAUAAUCUUGUACUUUCUGGCUGCAUAUAACCCUCUACAUGCAGGGAAAUUAUAAUUUCCCACUAUAAGGAUUUUACUUUGCCGGUCAACAUGAAGCACAGUUGUCACUUUAAGCAGCGCUGGUUUGUUUUGCACUUUUAUUAUUGUUGACAGUGUAAUUUUAU